ACUUCUUACUUGUCAGGCUUGCUUUAAUUAAAACUUUGUGUGGCUCAAGAUCACAAUCUUGGAAGUAGAUUUUUACUCGUUCAUGAAAUAACUUCCUUCGUUUAUUCGUACAUGCACUAGAAAAAGAUGAUGAAGCAUGUGGAGGACGGAGAUGAUGAGGAGGCAAAGAAGAAAAUGAAAGAGUUGAAUGAAAAGCUAGAGGAGAAGUGUUCUGAGCUAAAAGAAGUAGAGAUUAGGAACACGAUACUGGUCAUAAAAGAACGUCGACGCAGUGAGAGGAGAUAGAAGAAGCAUGUGGUUACGGUAUAUAUAAUUGAUGUUCUAGAGAGUGUUGGCAUGGUUUGCUUGUGUUCACGGCUCUGUUUUUUGUUAUGAUGAACAGGGAUUGAGAGAGAUAUCGGAUGAUCGAACGUCGAUUGGAGUAAAGAGGUUGGGAGAAAUGGAUGUGAAGCCGUUCUUGAAUGUGUGCAACCAGAGAUUCACUGGUGACGAAGUUUAUGUUCAGUUUGCUAUGCUUUAAUUAUUCGAAAUGGCAACAUAACAUAAAUGAUCUAUCAUGGGUACCGUUCAAAGUGUUGGAGGACGAAGACGGUUCAAAGGAAGUUGUAGAUGAAGAAGAUGAGAAACUCGUGAAAUUGAGAGAUGAGUGGGGAGAAGAAGUGAAAAGCGCAGUUAAGAGAGCACUGGAGGAGUUUAAUGAGUUUAAUCCAAGUGAUAGGUACUCAGUCCCGACACUUUGGAAUUUCAAACAAGGAAGAAAAGCUACACUUAAAGAAGGGAUUACGUACUUGUUACACGAGAUCAAAUCCCUCAAACGCAAACGAACUGAAUAAGUUAUAUGACUUUUGUAAAGAGAAUUGGAAUAUUAGUCGGUGUUUCUAAUCCUUUUGUAUCUCCAAAUUAAGCUAGCUCAACUCAUGGAACGUUGUUUUUUGACAUUCUGGUGUAGUUAAUUCAAAUAUUAUAUUUUUACGUGUAA